UUUUGGCGGUCUUUUGUGACGUCUUCUUCUUGCGAUGUUUCGCACAUACGAGAAUAUUGCCAUGCCAGUCGUCCCUCCACAGCAACCAUCUUUAUCGUAAGACCAUCUUGCCUGCUUGCCGAUACCCAAGCAGAACCCUUAGGAUAACCUUUGACAGCAAUGGAUCCUUGCUGUGCUUCUCAUAAAAAGCGAAUCUUAUCGAUCUGAACAAUAAGCAACAACAACAGGCAGCAACAACAAGCAGCAACAAGCAACUCCAAACAACAACUAACUAUGCGCCUUAUCUACACACCGAUCCUUCUUCUCUGCCCUAUACUUGGGGCCCAUGCUCGAGUGGGCUCAACGCGCUUUCUACAGAAUGCCACUGCCGCUCCCAGUGAUGCCACUGCCGCUCCCAGCUCAUCAGAACCCCUUUGUACGCCCGGCUUUUCCUGCUGGGAAAAUGAAGCUGGCCUUCUCUGGGCAAAGUAUGAUGGUGAAGCCGGUGGCAUGGACUGUAAUGAAGUGUGCUUCACUGCUUUUUCUGGCAACCCGAUGUUUCACACUUGCAAGGAGGGAGUUCCCGCACCAAACACUGUCAAUGGUCUUUCUUCAGUGGCGACAGGCCUGGGCUUUGACUGCACAGGUAACCCAAACAAACCGAAUCAAUGCUGGGGAGGCAUGUCCCCGCCGACCCUCAAUGGAACCAUCCUCGUUUCUGCGAGCGACCAAACAUCCAAGAACUGCUACACACCCACAGAAGGUACAAUCAGCUGUAAUCAAGUGGUGGAUGGAGCCAAUUGCUAUGGCGAGCUCUUCUCUUCUGUUUGUCCCUGCAUGGCCGAGGAACUUUCCACAAUCACAGAAUCUAAAAAGUGGCGUUUGUACACUCACGGGGACUGGCCCAAGACCCAAGAAAAUAAUGGAUGGCAGUGGGACCUUGACUCCAUCUUCUUUUACUCGUCCCCUGACUGCAAUGGUACAGCGCUGUAUACAAGCGAUGGGACAACCAUUACCGAUUCGGGCAAUGCUGGCAGCGAGUUUUGGGGGGCCGAAAGGGCCUUUGGUCAAACUGGUGGCAAGUGGGGAGGCCGUUGGGACAAUAAUGUGGACAAGAAUUUGUGGAUUGCCAUUGAGUUCCCCAUGCCUGUGACUGUGGGAUGCAUCCAGUUUAAUCAAUUCGACAAUUACGCCACAUACAUUGCAGUGGAGGCAGUGGCUGCUGGCAGCACAACUUGGGAGAGUGUCACAUUUGUGACAGAUGGCCAAAACAACAGAAACACCAUUCAAAUUUAGGAUCCUAUUGAUUCGUUACUGCGCCUUGUUUGGGGCUGUCCCAAGGCAUUAUGUUCACUAAUAAGAGGAGAUGUUAUGUGAUACAUAAAAUAGAGAACUAAUUCACAGCUGGCAAGAGACAGCAAGCAAGCUAACAGACAGGACUCGUAUGUAUGCCAUUAGUUGCAUCUGUGCACUUUGUCCUUGGUCCUGGGACGUGUAGUCUUCCAGGCAUUUCCGUCGUUGUGGGCACCUAUCAUACCAGUUUUCCGACAGACAG